CUACUCUUCUCUUCUCUUCUUUUGUUCAGUUUAGUUUGUGAGUUUUAAUAUGAUGUGGGUCUUGAGGAUAUUUAACAUCUUUGUGGGCAUAUAUCUCUUUGUUUAUUUAUUAUUAACAUGGAGAGUUUUUUUUGUAUAUGUGGGUUGUGUUUGUUUUUGUGUGGAUUAAAAAAGACAGCACCAACUUUGUGGAAACUAUGAGAAGAAAUCAGAUUCUCUUUAACCCCAAAAUAAAAACAAGAAAAAAGAAGAAGAGAUCAGAUUCUUCUCUUUCUCUUUUUGUGUCAGAGAUCGAAUCUGUUCUUCUACCCUCUUUUUUGGUGUUGGUUGUUUAUUACAGUAAUAAGAUCUUAUAAAUGUCAAAUCCAAAGUAUAUACAAUUAAUAUAUAGAAAAAAAACUAUGGAAGAAGAAGAAGAAGCUGAGGAUUUAGUGAUGUUGAUAUCUCAAAAACAGGUUACUAUGAUGAAGUUGAAGGUGGAUCUUGAUUGUGCCAAGUGUUACAAGAAAGUGAAGAAGGUUCUAUGCAAAUUCCCUCAGAAAUAAGAGACCAAUUGUUCGAUGAAAAGGCCAACAUUGUCAUCAUCAAGGUGGUUUGCUGUAGUCCUGAGAGGAUCAUGGACAAACUAUGUUCCAAAGGCGGCGGCUCAAUAAAGACCAUCGAGAUCGUCGAGCCACCCAAGCCUCCUCAGCCUCAGCCACAACCAGCUCCUCAGAAGCCUAAAGAUGCUGAGAAGCCUAAAGCUCCAGAAAAGCCCAAGGAACCUGAGAAGCCUAAGCAGCCUGAAAAGCCUAAAGAACCCGAAAAGCCUAAAGAACCCGAAAAGCCGAAGCAAGCCGAAAAGCCUAAAGAACCCGAGAAGCCAGCAGCCGCCGCUAAACCGACACCAGCUCCCGCACCUGCGCCAGCACCCGCUCCUGCCCCGAAGCAGCAGCCGGGACCACCACCACAGGUGAUCCCAAUGAUGCCGCAAGGGCAGCCAGCAAUGUGUUGUGGACCAUCAUACUAUGAUGGUUACGGAGGGCCAGCGUUCAAUGGAUAUGGAAUGCCGCCGCCGCAGCCAUACGAGUGCUAUGGACGACCAGUCUACGAUAGCUGGGGUGGGGGCUGCCCACCGCCACCUGCUUACCGAACAUGCCACGUCACCAGAUGUGAUUACUUCAGCGAAGAGAAUCCACAAAGCUGCUCCAUCAUGUGAUUUGACUUCUUUUUAUUACCUUUUAAAAUAUCCUUUUAAUUUACUUCAAUCUUUUUUCUUUAUUAUACAAAUAAUAAUAAGAAUCAGAACUACUAUACAUAUUAUAGAGACAUUUACGUGUAAUGUUGUGAUUAUGAGAACCAAUAAGGAAGGAAGAAGGGUCGUUGUAUUUUGUAAUUUGGUAGCCAUUUUCAAUAUUUGGUUGUCCCAUUCGAAAGAUGUGUAAAACAACUGUAAACAUUAAAGCAAAUUUGUUUCAUUAUCUUCUUUAUA